AUGUUAUUUAAUUUUCAGGUCCUUUGUUUGCUGGCCACAGCUUUUGCCGAUAAACUAGGCUACAACUACCAACCAGUGCCGCAUUCUUCAGAGGGCCUGUCCUUUACACCAGGCGCCCUUAGUAUUGCAGCUCAUCAUGGUGUAUCGCCUUUAUCGCCGGAGAAAUUAGCUCCAGUGGCUCAUGCACCAGUUGCUCCAGCUCCAAUUGCUCCUGUACCAGUUGUUCCUGCUCCCGUUGCUGCUCUCCCAAUUGCUUCUGCUCCAAUCGCUCCUGCACCAGUUGUUCCUGCUCCCGUUGCUCCUCUUGCUCACGCUCCGGUUGCUCCUGCUCCAGUUGGACCUGCUCCAAAUACUCUUGCUCCAGUUGCUCCGGCUCCAGUUGCUUCAGCUCCAGUUGCCCCUGCCCCAGUCCAGAUAGAAUAUGAGAAAGAGUUCUACACUUAUACGGCGCCACAAGAAGAAACUAACGAUGCUGCCGAUAUCGGAAACAUUGCCAAUUCAUUGAAGAAAAAUCUGCGUGUUAUCUUCAUCAGAGCGCCAGAAAAUAAGGCUCUCGAAAAUGCUGCUGUUAACCUGGCAAAACAAACGACUGAGGAGAAAACUGCCAUCUAUGUGCUCACCAAACAGGCUGACAUUGGCAGCUUGGCGCAAAAAUUGCAAAAUAUCGGAACACAAUCCAGCUCCAAACCAGAAGUACACUUCGUGAAGUAUCGUACACCACAAGAUGCCGAAAAAGCCCAACAAGCUAUCCAGCAACAGUAUGAAAGUCUACCUGGCUCAUCACAUCACUCCAACGGGGGUUCUGCGCAAGUACUGAACUUUGCUUCGCAAGCGCCGGCAACAGCUGCACCAGCACCAGUUGCACCUGGCUCCCAAUAUCUACCAGCUAAUGCAGUGCCUUCGGCAGCGUAUCUGCCACCAAGUCUCCGCCGUUUCCGCAACUAAAUACCAUCUAACGGUGCAUUUUCGUUCUAUAUUUU